GGAACAGGAAGUACUACUUUUCAUACGCAUGCGCAAACCAACUACAGCGGUAAACGUGAGUGAAACGGCUUGUGUUGGCCAGACCUCGGCAUUGUUGGUAGAGGGUGAUUUGUCUGGUUGAGACUUCGUUACCCUGCUUCCAAGAUGGAUUUCCAACACAGAGCUGGCGGUAAGACGGGCAGUGGUGGGGUGGCCUCCUCCUCGGAGAGCAACCGGGACCGUAGAGAGCGUUUACGGCAGUUAGCGUUGGAGACGAUCGACAUCAACAAGGAUCCCUAUUUCAUGAAAAAUCACUUGGGGUCUUACGAAUGUAAACUCUGUCUCACUCUACACAACAAUGAGGGCAGCUAUCUUGCGCACACACAAGGCAAGAAGCAUCAGACCAAUUUGGCUCGGAGAGCAGCAAAAGAAGCGAAGGAAGCCCCAGCACAGCCUGCACCUGAAAAAGUCAAGGUCGAGGUGAAGAAAUUUGUCAAAAUUGGUCGACCAGGAUACAAAGUUACCAAGCAGAGGGAUUCAGAAAGCGGACAGCAGAGUCUCCUAUUCCAGAUCGAUUACCCAGAGAUUGCGGAGGGCAUUGGACCCCGGCACCGCUUCAUGUCAGCCUACGAGCAGCGCAUUGAGCCCCCAGACCGUCGCUGGCAGUACCUGCUGCUGGCUGCAGAGCCCUAUGAGACCAUCGCUUUCAAGGUUCCUAGCAGAGAGAUUGACAAAGCAGAGAGCAAGUUUUGGACUCACUGGAAUAGAGAAACAAAGCAGUUCUUCCUGCAGUUCCACUUCAAGAUGGAGAAGCUCACCCCCAUGCCCAGUGGUCCAGUGCCUCCCAUGGGUGUGAAGCGUCCACCCCCUCUCAUGAGCAACAUGGGACCUCGCCCACCCCACGACCCUAUGCCCCCUCCUCCCCCGGGUGGCAUGCACAUGCCCCCUCUGCCUCCUGGAGCCCCAGGACACCCCCAUAUGCCUCAGAUACCCGGCCCACCCAUGCCCCCGAUGAUGAGGCCACCCCUACCCACGGACAGACCUGGAGGAAUGCCUCCUCCCCCACCAAGCAACUAAGGACACUCAGAAGGAUCGGGCCUUUAAGUUUGCCCGUGCAUUUGAUAUUACGUUUCCAGAUUUCAGCGCUGUGGACGACUAUUCUUGUCGAAAUGAUGUCGCAACAGAAGCAACAUAGACAUAUUGCCGUUGUAUAUUUUUGUUUUUAAUGUGAGGGCCUUGCCAAGGCUGGCAGACUUUGUGUAAACUUUUUUUUAAUUAUUAAAUCAGUGAAAAGAAGUAUUGUUUGGUGUGUUGAAUGCUGUUUUGAUCCGGAAAUCUGUCUAGUUGUCUGACCAUUUCUAGCUCCGCACUGAAAAAUCCAACAUGCUCAUAGUCUAAUCUCUAAUGUUAUGGAAAAUGUUAUGCGGAAGUGUGUUGUAAACAUUCCUUACACAUCUUUUCAUGUAGUGAAAUUGCCAAAAAGUCAAUUAAGUAAUCAAAAUUGCCCUUUUAGUAAAGAUGCAAAUGACCCUAAGAUGAUAUAUUUUAAAAUGCAGACUUUGUCAUAUUACUAAGACCUUUUGCGGAGGAGAUAUACAUAAACAUCCAUAUUAUUAAACAAAUUUAUUGAUUCA